AUGGAUGUAACUGAGUUUUUAGUAGGAUGCAACUGUACUUCAGUUUGGCUACUUGGACAAAUACUACAGUUUAGAAGCAAACUGCCAAGUAUUAGAGAUAAUAUUUUGAGAGGUGAAACUCUCUUCAAUGACAAUUUUCAACAAACUGGUGUAAUUGCUCAUUUACUGGCCAAAAUUGAAAUGAACGAAGAUAGAGAACUGCUACACAAUCAAUACAGGGACAUAAGUCAGGAGCUCCAUCUAAAAACAGACGUUCUUAGGAAGUAUAGGCACAAAGUGAAAAUAAUGGAGAAGGAAAUUAGCGAUAUUCAAAGCGAAUUCGAAUGCGAGAGACAAGACUACCUGGAAACGAUACGAAAACAAGAACGAAAUAAUAAACUAAUGAGCCAAAUUUCCGAUAAACUUGUAGGAACUCUCAAAAAGGAGUGUAAUUACAGGUAUAGUAGAAAAGUUUAG